CCCGGCCCGCCGGCGGCAUGAGCCCUGCGGGGCGGGGGGGCGGCAGCUCCGGGCCGGGCAGCCCCCGACGCCAUGCCCAAGGAGCGGCCGCUCUGGCGGGGCGCCGCUUUCCGCCUGUGCCUGCUCUCCGCCGCGCUCUUCCUCUGCCUGCAGCUCGGCAUCAGGCGCUCCUGGUGUCCGGAGAAGCCCCGGGACCCGGCGGCGAUGGUGCGGGCGCCCGCCCCGUCCCGCGGCGCGGAGCAGCGGCCGGGCGCGGUGGCGGUGGCGGGCGCGGUGGCGGUGGCGGGGGGUGGCCGCCGGCGGGUCACCUACGUGCGCAGCGGGCGCAGGGGCAGCGCCACUCCCGCCUGCUGCGCCCCGCAGCCCCCGGGCGGCCGCCGCAGGAAGACGCUAAGAUGGCACAUUGAACUGCAACCAUGGGCAAGCCCAACCCCUUCCCUCAACUAUGAGGCCUCGAGGUUCCUAAAGUACAUUAGCACUUCUCAGAUUUCAUGUGAACACAUGAACCUGAACAGCUUGAAAGGGUACUCUGAAACCACAAAAAAGCCCUGGUCAAUCUGUCUUGAUGARAGGUUUAGCCUCAUCCAUCGAAUCAGAAGCAAGCAAUGCCGUCUCUAUUCACUUGGGCUAGGCAACGAUGACAACCAGUUUGAGGUCAGCAUGGCCAACAGUGGGUGUGAGGUUCAUCGCUUCGACCCCAGCAUCAAGGCAGCACACGUUCAGGAGGGGAGGCACCUCUGGUACCAUCGCCUCUCCAUUGACUGGAGGGACCCCAACCCAGCCAUUGCUGCUCACAAACUGCACAGCAACACAAAGAAGCUGGGCACAGUAUUGAAUGAAUUUGGACACCAGAAGAUUGACGUCCUCAAGGCAGACGUGGAGAGCGCUGAGUGGAAGAUUUUGGAAAACCUGAUCCUGGAAGAUGUUGUUGAGCAGAUAGGACAGCUGGUGUUYGAGGUGCACGUCCACUGGCCUGGGUUUGAGGUCAGUGGCAACGACAGCACCGUGGUGCGGUACUGGUACAGUCUGCUCCGAGAGCUGGAGCUGAAGGACUUCAGGCUUUUCCAUACCUACAAAGACUUAUCAAAACCACAGMUGUUUCUGAAAAAGGAAGCCUUCAACGCCAGUAGCUGUUACACACURAGCUGGGUAAAUACAAGAUGGAAAUAGCAGAAAGGAGUUUAUGAUGUGUGACUGYGAGCCAUCUGGCCCCGUAGCGUUACUGAAGAGGAUUUUGGCGUCACUGGCUAAAGUUGCUAAAUAUGCACGCAGUGACUGCUAACAAAAUGGACUGGCUUUUAUAUUUAUGUGCUGUCAAAAGAACUGCCACUGGGAGAAGAUAAAUGGUACAGAUUUGUAGAGCAAUAUAUUAGCCAGUGGGUGCAUCGUCCCAGAGUUCAGAGGUUUCUGUAAAGGUUUKCCUGGGGGAGCUGAGAGCACAGCUUUUCCAGGCUGCCUCAUGCCAGCAAGGAGGGCAUCCCUCUGGGGCUGCCCUGGGAAGCUCUGCUGGCUGAGCUGUGCCAGCCCUUGGGCAGGAGACUGUUCCUGAGAAGGUGCUUUUCUAAGGAAGUGUCAAGUGUUACUUCUCUGUAAAGCAAUCAUCUUUGAUUUGCACCUUCUUUACUUUGGCCUUGUUUCCUAUGGAACAAAUUUUAGGCAAGAACAGUAUGUUCUUGAACCCACUGGUGAAUUUCGGCUGAAUUUGGCAGAAACAGAARUCAUCACCAAACCAAAUUCCUACCUGUUUCUUUGAGCAGCUUCUGAGUGCUCUGGCUUUGGCUCUAUAAGCUAGUCUGUUUGCAGAAAGUUAGUUCAACACUUCUGACACAGGAGAUGGUGGGACAGAGACACUGAGCUGCUGGAUAAACUGCUGCCAGUGCUCCCCCUCCUCACCCUCAGAGCCUUCAGCCACAGAAGRCAGGGCUUCCCUAGCUCAUCUGCUCAAAAACCAGCUUGAUUUAUUCUUGCAGUGGCUUCAGUGAGUGGCUUUUCAUCUAGUGAGAUACACGUAAGAGAUAAAAGUGAAACCUGGUGGUUUUUAUUUGUUUUGGGGUUUAGUUGAACAUUUCCUGGUGCCUUUUCCAGCACUGCGCCUUGAUGCCUGUCACCUUCUCACCACCUCACCUGUCCCUGGCACAGGGAGGGCAGACCCUGGGUCUGCACUGAUGCUGGCAGAGCUGGUGACCUGGACUGCAGCUGUGCUGGGGCUC